GGCAAUGGAGGAGGCCAUGGGUUCGGUCGGUUCCGCAUAGUAAGUGCAUUAAAGUCCUUUUAUUUGACGAUUUGACUGAGAGUGAAACACUACGGCUCAUCUAAGACAGUAUAAUAUCAUACGAGACGACUUUCUCGUCGAAAAAUGGUAAAUAACCUGCGCAAGGACAAGUACACGGGCAAGGUUUCUGCAAGCGGGACGAGUUCAGACACUUCUGACGUUAGCAGUUCCGCUAGCAUCACGGCCAGACCCGGGACUAACUCAGCUAGCAUGAGGUCCGACCACAAGGAGCAAACUAACAUGGAGGUUCUGAAAAUCGAGCUGCUGGCAUCUAUUAAAACUGAAAUGACUGUGCUCUUUCAAAGAGAAGUGACAAAGGUGAUUACAAAUGAGAUCGAAGGGGUUAAAUCGGAGCUACGAUCAGUUAAGUUGGAGUUAGCUAACAACACAGCAGCUCUUCGUUCGGAGUUGGAUACAGUCAAAACUACAGUUUCGGAUGUGGAGACAGGGUGGAUGUCCACGGGAAGCUGCUGGCCCACUUCACCACAACGGCUCAGCCAUUUUUAUCUUUCCCGACUACCCACCGAGUGUGACCCGAGCCAGGUCUGCCUUUAAUGAUGUCAAAAAGCUUCUUCGGGGACGAGAGGGAGUGCUACGGGCUCCUCUACCCAGCCCGGCUGCGGAUCACCCACAACGGCAAGGAAAAGAUCUUCGAGGACCCAGCGGACGCCACAACGUAUGUAGAGGAAAACAUGUGAGGAGAGACAAUAAUUACCGGUAAAAUUGCCCCGUUUUAUUUAGCAUAUUUACCAUUUCGAAUUGGUUAGUGUCUACAUGCAGUAUCGUUGCAGAAUGUUUGAACAUCUUACUAAGCUUAUGGCACUGGGACAUUGAUAUUUUAUAAUGGCCUCUCUCCUUUCAAACUUUUUUUGUGGGAUCACAUAUGUUUCAUUUGUUACACUCUCACCAAAAUAGAUAAAUAACGCCAUUAUUAUUUUUUAAAUUAUGUAUAUGAAUGCAUAUACAUGUGUAUAUAUAUGUAUAUGUGUACAUAUGUAUAUAUAUAUGUAUAUGUAUAGAGCAUUGCAACAAAAAGACUUUUAUCCAUAUUCAAGUUUUAUUUGGAGCUACCUGCCAAGCUAGAGUUCGUACAAACACGUAAUGUGUGGAUUUUGUUGGAAAGGGGUGUUUCAUCACCAUGUUCUUGCUGGUAACUUUUGGGAUUGGGUACCUGUUGCACCAAAACUAUCUUAUGCAUAAUGUCUGUGUAGGUUCUCAUUCAUCCAGGUCAUGGUUAUCCAAAGUUGUUUAAAUCAAUCCAACUGGACUUUAAGAAAGUUCCUUGAAGACGUUUCACCUCUCAUCCAAGAGGCUUCUUCAGUUCUGGUGGUUGAUGUUGCCUCAGCUUAUAACCUCUGUGAGGUGGGGUCAGUGUUAUUCACAUUCCGACGACCAUUGCCAAGACCCGUCUGGCUCCUCAAAGAUGGUUGUUGGGAGCCAGGGAGUGAUAAUAGGGGUGGCUGAAAUGCGAGUUUCACUGAGCCCUCGUAUGCUAAUGGCGGUCAUUGGCAUGAGCAACUUCACAUGAGUCAUUCUGCUGAAUAGUUCUUUUGGGGAGUUUUGAAAGGACCUGAUUGUAAAUCGGCGAAAGAUGAUGUCGCAGACCCCCCCCCCCCGUUCAGAGAUGGCUUCUCCACUUUGACAUGGAUGGCUUCUUUCACACCUCUCUCAAAUCAUCUGUCCUCCCUGUCCAAAAUCUGAACAUUGGUGUCCUGAAAUGUGUCCCUCUUCCUUGAGGUGAAGGAAGACUGCCAAAUCCUGUCCUAAGGAAUUGGCUCUUCUGUGUUUGGCUCAACACAGCAGUCUUCCUUCACCUCAAGGAAGAGGGACACUCAUUUCCUAUUAUUCUCGCUAGUUAUAGAGACCCUAGCGGAAGCAAUACGUAGUGAUGCUUCAGUGAAGGGUGUACGAAGAGGCGUUUCUGAACAUAAAGUGUCCCUUUAUGCGGAUGACACUCUUCUAUAUGUGUCUGAGCCACUUCAGAGCCUGCCAAGAUUACUUGGCCUUUUGGAGGAUUUGGGGAAAAUAUCAGGUUAUAAGGUAAACAUGCAGAAGAGCGAGCUUAUGCCCAUAAACUCUACACCCCAACAUGGUAUGCUAGGUUCACUCCCAUUCAAAUUAAGUAAAGAUACAUUUAAAUACACUCCUUGCUAUGUUCAGGGUUACCUCUGUCUCAACCAUUAUGCAAAUUUUCCACAAACCCAGUUGUUAAGCAUUCAUUCAAGAUUUGGGCACAAUUCAGGAGAGGUUUUGGUCUAAAUGAUUUGUCAACUCGUGCUCCUAUUGUAAAAAAUCAUAUGUUUGUUCCUUCCAUGAUUGAUGAUUCCUGUGAAUCACUGAAAGACAUGUUUGUUGAAGGACUGUUUGCUUCGUUCCAACUGAAAACGAACUUUCAGGCUCCUGAUCCUCAUUUCUUCAGGUAUCUUCAGCUACGCAGUUUUGUAUCAACCUCGUUCAACCAUUUUCUUUUUUUUAAAAAUAUGAUGCGUUUUUAUAGAUUAAACUAGCCACCAGUAUGGAGCUUAAACAAUAAGCUAUUCAUAUUCAUUUCCAGGUAGAAAUAUAAAAUGGGAAUUUGCUGGCAAAAUACCAUAAUAUGAUGUUCACUAUGCGACAUAUAGAUAGAACAGAUCUUUGCCAAGGAGGGAAUCAUGUCAUUAUAUCAUGUCAUGGUGUGGCCACAACCUUUCACCUGUUAUCAGGGAUUAGUUUAUUACCUCAGGAGAGUGGAUGGAUGUGUGUUAGAGGGCAGGGACAGCAUACACACAUAGUAUUUGUUAAAGAGCAGAUUGAUUGUCAUUGUCUCCUCUCUCAAAGUGUACUUCAGUCAAAGUGUGUGCAGAAUUCAGGUGCACAUAAGAUCUGAAGUGAACUCGGGGCACCAGGCUCUGAGCCAGAAUCUAGUUAUGGAUCUGAGAUCAACACUUCUGCUCAUUGGAGGAUCCGCCUGCUCUUUCAAACUGCUCAACACAGCUGUGGGAUUCCUGCCAACACCAGAACCAUCGCGCACAAAAGCAUGGAAGUGGAGGAAUAUCAGCACUUCUUUAACUCACAGCUCGCUGACAGGAGCAGGAGCGGUUUUAUGUUUCUACCUUCAGCCUCACAUUGCAGAGGACCUGAUCUCCUCCUGCUCCCUGCUGUCCCACAGCCUUGUAGCUGCUUCCACAGGUUAUUUCAUCCACGACUUCUUGGACAUGGCCCUGAACCAGCCACUUAAAAAGUCCUGGGAACUGCUCCUGCACCAUUCUGUGGUGAUCUCCUGCUUCAGUUUGGCUGCAGCGUCCCGCCUCUAUGUGGGCUUCGCUCUGGUGUCUCUGCUGGUGGAGAUCAACUCUGUCUUCCUUCAUACCAGACAGCUUCUCCUUCUGUCAGGACGGAGGAACAGAUCAGGACCUGAAAUCCUGUCUCCUCGACUGUCUCUCGCCUUCAGCAUCACCAGCUGGCUCAACCUGGGAACGUUUUUGGUGUUUCGUGGCUUCACUCUGUGCUGGAUGAGCCGCUGGCUGGCAUGUCACAGCGAACAUAUGCCUCGUUACGUCCUGAUGAUGGGCACAGCCGGACUCACUCUGAUCUCCAUCAUGAACGCUGUGUUGUUUUACAAACUGCUCAGAGCAGACAUCCUCAAGAACACAAGCAAAUCCAGCAACAACCACUAGAGGGAGCCAAGUCUGUUCUUUACUCCACAUAUACAUUUCAUUCUGUUUCCUACCUCAUAACUUGGUCUUAUGGCGCGAUUUAUGGUCUUUGGUUGUAACUUAUAGUUUGUUAUUUUAUAUGGAAAGCAAAGAUUGAGCAAACAUUUUCAUAUAUAUAUAUUUUGUUGGCCAUCAAGCACCAAAAUACCUUCUAAGCCGCUUUUUGAAAUAUAUUUAAUUACAUUUUUUUUUAACCUUUUCUGCUUGUGAACCCUUAAAAUGAAUAAAAACAGCAGAUAUAGGUG